CAUACAAGCUGAUCUAGACAGACAGAAAGUAGAACAUGAUGAGAUGAGAAAAUAUAUAUUUGUGGAAAAGAAUCAACUAGAUGAGAGGAAUGCUGCCUUGCAAAAACAAAGGGAGGAGGUGGGUAAAGUCAUGGAACCAACAGCUAUGGUGAAGAAAGAUGUGAUGAAGGCUGAGGUAAACACACAGACAGAGCCCAUGGAAGACAGCUUGGAGGAACAGCUCAAAAGGGGCAUGGAAGAAGUUGCAGGUCAUGACAUACAUAAAGAGAAAGAGGACCUGGAACAAACCAACAGGCUGGCAAUGAUAGAGAGGGAUGCGUUGGAAUCCAUGAAGUCUGAAAUAGGAAAACAAAGACAGGAAAUAGAGGAGAACAAACAAAAGAUACAGGAUGAGAAGGAUGAGAUUGAAAAGAUCAAGAAUGAUUUACAGACACGGUCAGAGAAUCUAGACAACCUCAUGGAAGAGACAAAGAGGGAAAAGGAGAAUGUUAAGGACAGGGCUGUUCAAAUCCAGAAGGACAAGGAGGAAAUUGAACAUGUUAUUGAGGAUACCAAGACAAAGAAAUCAGAACUGGAAAUGAUGAAAGCUGCAAUAAAGACAGAGAAACAAGAAACAGAAAACCUGAAGGACAUGAUAUCAAAGGAGAAACAUGACUUGGAACAAAUUAAGAUGCAGAUGGAAAAAGAAAUACUAGAACUGCAUAACACCAAGGACAUGAUAGAAAUUGAUGUUGGUAAGCUGGAACAAAGAAAGGUUGAGUUAGAAGGAGAAGAAGAUGGAGUGAAAAAUCAGAUGGCUGCACUGAAAGAGGAAGAGCAGAAUAUGAAAGAGACUAUUGGGAAGAUGAAAGAAAAUUUUGAGCAGAUUAAUGGCGAAAUACAACUACAAAGAGAUGAUAUUGCAACCCAAAUGGAAGAGUUAAAUGUCAAAAAAGAAGAGUUGGAAAACAUUCAAAUGGACAUCGACAGACAAAAAGAACAGAUGGACGAAAAGCAAAAUACUAUAAUCAUGGAAAAGAAUGAACUGGAAGAGAAGCUUGCUGGCAUGCAAAAACAAACGGAGGAGGUGGAAGCCAUCAUUGAAAUGACAAAGCGGGAGAAGGAGGAUGUGAUGAGGAUAAAGGCUGAAAUAGAGGAACAGAAAGAUCAAAUGGAAGACAAUCUGAUGGAAACUCUGAAACAUGACAGAGAAGAACUUGAACGUCUAAAACAUAACAUACAAAUUGAAAAGGCGGACCUCGAAAAAAUUACACAAUUGGCAAUGAAAGGUCGGGAUGAGUUGGAAUUACAAGUGUCUGAAAUGCAAACCCAAAGAGAGGGAAUAGAAAAAGACAAACAAAAGAUACAAGAUGAGAAGGAUGAGGUGGAACAGAUCAAGAUGGAGUUACGGAGAAGGUCAGAGAAUCUAGACAAAAAUUAUGGAGGAGACCAAGACAGAAAAGGAGAAUCUUGA